AUGGCGAAGUGGUACAGUUCGGUGGUUGCAACAGCUACAACAAGCAAGUGCAUUGAAUGGAUGGGUGGCGUCGGAUAUACGAAACACUUCACUGUUGAAAAAUAUUACCGCGACUGCAAAAUUGGAACAAUUUACGAAGGAACAUCGAAUAUCCAAUUGUCGACGAUCGCUAAAAUGAUCGACCGUGAAUACAAACACUCAUAG